AUGGAGGGGCGCACCUUCGUGGUGCCAAGCCUUGCACUCCCAUUUCUGUGUGGGAAGAGGCUUCGGCAGCAGCAGGAGUGUCAGCCUCAGGAGCAGGAGCCAAGGAAGAGAGAUGAAGGGAGAGAGCGGCGGCCCUCGCAGGAGAAGAGGAGGGACAUGGACCGGCACCAGGAGCUGCCUUCUCAGAGAGAAGCAGAGGAUGCCACACCACAGGAUGGUGGAGGAAGCAGAACAAUUAUGCUGAAGCGUAUUACUCGAUUCACCCCGCCAGAAGUGAUUGUGGGGCUCCUGGCCCCCUAUGUGCGUCUCUCCACAUCCAGUGUCCGCAUCAUGAAGAACAAGGCUGGACGGAUGGGGCAGACCUAUGGCUUCAUUGAGCUGGAGUCACACGCUGAGGCGCUGAGGUUGCUGAAGAUCCUGCAGAAUCUGGAUCCCCCUAUCUGCAUCGAUGGGCGUACGGUGGAAGUGAAUCUUGCUACAGGGAGGAGAAGGAAUGACUAUGGGGAGCACGGUGACAAUUCCUACUAUGGCCCGGGCAGAAGGGGCAUGAGAGACAGGAGGGGCGGCGAAUCACAGAGACGCACCAGAGCACAGUCUCCAUCAGAUGUGUCCACAUAUAUUUAUGAUCCUGAAACUGGGAAUUACUACGAUCCCAUAGCUGGGACAUACUAUGACCCCAGGACUCAGAGAGAAGUCACGAUAGACCGAGAAGCCUGCUCAUCGCCUACGGAGAGCAGAAGGCGGCGGCAUGAGAGCCAAGAACGGACAAAUGAAAGGAGGGAGCCGCACAGCAGGGACAACAGGGACAAAAAGGAGAAAGGGAAAAGUACUUCUGCUAAG